UUCUGGUUUCCAGUCUUUUUUCUGCGCCUAGAUAUCAAACUCUAAAACGCGGAUCUCUCUCUCUUCCCCUAUAUACUAUAAGCGAAUUUUAACAUCAUGCGGCUGUUGUACGUUUAGUCACCUUGGUAUUUUACACUAAAUAUUCCAACCAUUGGAUUGAUAAUGAUGGGACAGUUCGGCUCACCGUUAUCUUUGCGAGCUGUGGAUUAAUCGCACAAGAAAGUAAUUUCUUCAGAGACCUAGCUUUUCUGCGUUCCAGUUUCAGUCAUCGCAUUAUUUUGGAUUAUACUUUUCAUUUUGUAUGGAUAUUUUCACCGAGCCCUGCAGAUAGAGUAUGCAUUCCACAGGAUGGGUGCGAACAAUGGGAAACAGAGUGGGAGUGAAGGGAAAGGCAGUUCCAGUAUUUCCUCCGACCUGAGUUCAAGUACGGAUCAGACGUCGACCAAGGCUCCAAAGAAUGCGGCUACCAGUGAAGACUCGGAUCUGAGCAUGAGGACCCUGAGCACGCCCAGUCCGGCGCUCAUCCUGCCCCCGCGGUCCUCCUCGCUCUCCCCGGCGGCCCUCUUCAACGGCUCGUCCACCUCCUCGUCCUCCUUCACCGCGGAGACGAUCGCCAUGGUGCACGCGCCGCCCACCGGCCUGACCCGCGUGGGCUACCGGGGCGCGCGGCACCUGCGCGACCAGCAGGAGGCGCUCAUCGACAUCCUGCCGGACCACGCCUUCCUGCAGAUCUUCACGCACCUGCCCACCAACCAGCUGUGCCGCUGCGCGCGCGUCUGCCGCCGCUGGUACAACCUGGCGUGGGACCCGCGGCUGUGGCGGACCGUGCGCCUGACCGGCGACGUGCUGCACGUGGACCGCGCCCUGCGCGUGCUGACGCGGCGCCUCUGCCAGGACACGCCCAACGUCUGCCUGACCCUGGAGACCGUGGUGGUCAGCGGCUGCCGCCGGCUCACCGACCGGGGCCUCUACACGGUGGCCCAGUGCUGCCCGGAGCUCCGGCGGCUGGAGGUGGCCGGCUGCUACAACGUGUCCAACGAGGCCGUGUUCGAGGUGGUGUCCCGCUGCCCUAACCUGGAGCAUCUGGACGUCUCUGGUUGCUCCAAGGUCACGUGCAUCAGCCUGACGCGGGAGGUGUCGCUCAAGCUGUCCCCCAUGCAUGGCCAGCAGAUCUCCAUCCGCUACCUGGACAUGACGGACUGCUUCGCGCUGGAGGACGACGGCCUGCACACCAUCGCGGCGCACUGCCCCAUGCUGACGCACCUGUACCUGCGGCGCUGCACGCGGCUGACCGACGAGGGCCUGCGCUGCCUGGUGCUCUACUGCCCGGCCGUGCGCGAGCUGAGCGUCAGCGACUGCCGCUUCGUCAGCGACUUCGGCCUGCGCGAGAUCGCCAAGCUGGAGGAGCGGCUGCGCUACCUGAGCAUAGCGCACUGCGGCCGCGUCACCGACGUGGGCGUGCGCUACGUGGCCAAGUACUGCGCGCGGCUGCGCUACCUGAACGCGCGCGGCUGCGAGGGCCUGACGGACCACGGCCUGGAGCACCUGGCCAAGAACUGCCUGAAGCUCAAGUCCCUGGACAUCGGCAAGUGCCCGCUGGUGUCGGACGCCGGGCUGGAGAUGCUGGCGCUCAACAGCUUCAACCUGAAGCGGCUGAGCCUCAAGUCGUGCGAGAGCAUCACGGGCCGCGGGCUGCAGGUCAUCGCCGCCAACUGCUUCGACCUGCAGCUGCUCAACGUGCAGGACUGCGACGUGUCGCUGGAGGCGCUGCGCUUCGUCAAGCGCCACUGCAAGCGCUGCGUCAUCGAGCACACGAACCCUGCCUUCUUCUGAACGCAGAGGGGAUGAGGGAAGAGUAGGAACACAGGGAGGGGGACUUCUGCAUUCGUGUUGUAGCAAUGUGUCACUGAUGCCCAACAUCCUUCUCUGUCCAGUAAGGGUGAUUUCUGCUUUUGGUGCAGGCCCUUCUUUUGUAUUUAAUGUGGAUGGUUAGGGAAAUUAAAUGAAAUUUGUAUUUAUGUUUUUUGUGAUACAGGUUUUUUUUUUAGAAACCCAUACUUUCAGAUUGUUUGAGGGAUACUUACUUUAAAAAGGGGUUUAACUAACUACUCUUCAGCAAUGUUUGUUAUGCCAUUUUUUUGUAAGAGCCAAAUAGAUUUUGACAUUGACAGGUACAUACAUACCACCUUUCAGCUUCUGCCAUUUAAGAAAUUGCAGUUGAUUGCAUUAGUCUUGCUGUCCUCUCACAGAUGAUUUCACAGGGAAUAUGCAAUAGAAGACUAUUUCUGUGUAACAACAAAAAAAAAUGUUAAGACAAUCAAUCACAGAAGCACUAUCUAAAAUGUUUGUCCAUGGAAGUUUACAGGACAUUCAAGUUGAUGGGAAUUUUGCUGGAUUUUUACUUAAGUAAGCAGGAGACCCAGUCAUGGAGAUUAAGUUCAAUCAAGACGUAGAUGCACUCACAUGUGCACAGGAGAGGGGCAGUUCACAAGACAGCGUACAAGGCUCCCUAGCGUAUUGCGUCUCUUGCUAGACACAGAAUGAUUUCUGAGCUCGAAUAACCGAUUAUGACAGAUCAUGACAAAGUGUUGCAAGUGUUACACUAUCAUGACGGGGCAUUUCUUACUUUACAUUGGUAGCUGUAAGACCAUGAAACCAUACAUUUGGAUAUUACAUGUCACUUUGCUUUGCACUCUCUCUCAAAGUGCUAUAUGUCAGAUACUCAUGAUUUGUUGCAUCUUAUUUCCAAGGGAAUUUUAAUGUACAGUGCCAUUUUUAUUAUGAUGUCUUGUUCACUUUCAUAAUGGUCAAAUCACUAUAAGAACCAGCCUGCUUAUGUCAGGUGGUUUGUUUAACAGAGAAUUUGGAACA